UCAUUGUCGGGAGAAGUUUCGGCGAGUAUGGGGUAAAAAUCAGGCCGGUAGUGAGUGGCUGGGCGUGCACACUGGGACACCUACUGUAGCACUGAGUGAGUGAGUGAGGGGGGCAUGUACUCCACCCUUGCAUGAAAGGAAAGGAAGGGAAAGGGCGCCUCUCACAUUUGCCUCUUGGUCUCCAAGUCUCCAAGUUUCUCUCGGCAGCUGAGCCAUCAGUGAAUCAUGUGGGUGUGAGAAAGACGUCUGGCUCCACUUCCAUUAAGUGCAAGAUGGGGAAUUCAGACAGCCAGUAUAACCUGCAGGGAACUAAAGGCAACAACACUGAGGGGAAGUCAACACCUGUUAGCAGGCAGAAGACAUGUGCCCUCAAAAUUCGAAGCGUCCAUGUUAAGGAUGAAAAAUCUCGGUCUUCUUUUGGUUGGGGUCAUGGUGGCAACAGCAUAAGUUAUAAAGCAAGGUCACUGGGCAGAAACUGCCUUUCCCAGCACAAAAGUAACCAGCGUUUCUCAGUCAAUGCUGCUUCACGUCAGUGUGAAGCUUUAGUGAUGAGCAAUAGCAAUGCUUAUGGCAGAUGCCAUCUUGGUCACAUGCAUAAACAUGACUGUAGCAGUGAAUCUAAGUUAUUAUCUGGGAACAAUUUUCCUUGCAUUCUUGACAAAACAGAUGAUCAGAAUAAAAGUCUGGAAUGCAAUGGCUCUGUCUUAAAUGGGCAUGGGUUACCUGAAAAUGUAAUUCAAUCAAAGAAACCAGAAGGAGGAUACAGUCCAAAAGUUCUCAUCAAAACGCUGGGAAGAUUUGAUGGCGGCCUAAGGGUGGAGUUUCACAGUGGUGCUGGCAAUAGUAGCAGCAAGCCAACCUGUGAGGAUUCCCCAGGGCCAGUUCAGCUGCUGAGAUACUCUACUGCUAUGGAAUCUGAUCCUGGUAAGCAAAACGAGGUGCAGAUUGACACCAGUAAAGAAUAUGUAAUGGACCAGUGUCUUCCACUUGAUGAGGAGAGAUUAAAAUCGAGCAAGGGUAGCUCAUUAAGCUCUGAAUAUUCCUGGUCUGAAUCGCAAUGGGGGCACCGUGUAUAUGCCAAUGAUUUCGAUAACAUGUACACAACUGCGAGAGCUAUUGAGACAAGUAAUCAAGAAAGCAUUUUACCGAAUGAUGAGCAACCCUUCCAAAAGUCAUCUCUCUAUUCUCUUCAAGCAAUGUACGGUGAUGCAAGGGUAGGACAUUGCAUACCCACAGGAAACGAAUUUUCACUUUGUAAUAGGAACACAGCAGCUUUAAACUCCAACAAAUUGUUUGAGAAUGACUUCUCCAAAUGCAUGAAUGUGCCAUCUGAUGAGGAGGAUCAAGGUCCUCUGCAGUAUUCCUCCUAUACACUCCCAUGUCGAAAGCCCAAGCACUUUUCCGAGGAUGGUUCCUCGCGAGCUGCCUUAAAAAGUCGAAUGCGGCGCUUAAGUGCGUGGACUGGCAGCCUGACAAGAAAGAAGAGAAAACUACAGGACUCGAGAUCCAAGGAUGUAAAUGAGUAUUGUGACAGUGGAAUUGAUGGGGUGACUGCAGACACGAGCUCUCCUUCACAGAUAUCAAGUUCGUUGUGGUCACCUGGCUUCAGCUACACGUUGCCUCCCAGAAGUAACUCUACCAAUGCAGUUGGCAAUGACGUCCUGAGGCAGAGCAUUUAUGAAAACUUCAUGCGAGAGUUGGAAAUGAGUCAUAUGUCUAUGGACAUUACAGACCCAUCCACAGGAAGUGAGGAAACCAGCAGUGAUUCCUUCAGCUCUUUAGAGCAGCUGGAUUUGUUAUUUGAAAAAGAACAAGGAUGUGUACGAAAGGCUGGUUGGUUGUCUUUUAAACCCCUUGUUACACACCAGAAGGAGAGGAAGCUGGAACUUGCACCUCGCAGAAAGUGGAGGCAGUAUUGGGUUUCCCUUAAAGGUUGCACCCUCUUAUUUUAUGAGGCCAAUGGGAAAAACUUCAUGGAGCAGAGCAGUGUGCCGAGAUACGCCUUGUUCGCUGAGGAUAGCAUUGUACAGCCUGUACCAGAACAUCCCAAGAAAGAAAAUGUGUUCUGUCUUAGUAAUGCCUUUGGGGAUGUCGUCCUGUUCCAGGCUACAAGCCAAACUGAUCUUGAAAACUGGGUAACAGCAAUACACUCUGCAUGUGCAUCAGUGUUUGCAAAGCAGCAUGGCAAGGAAGAUACCGUCAAACUAUUAAAAAAUGAAACUAAAAGCUUCAUGCAGAAGAUUGAUAUGGAUGGAAAAAUGAAGAAAAUGGCAGAGUUGCAACUGUCCAUUGUAAAUGAUCCCAAAAACAGGAAGGCAAUUGAAAAUCAGAUCCAGCAGUGGGAGCAUAACCUGGAGAAGUUUAAUGUGGAUCUGUUUCGGAUGCGCUGUUAUCUGGCCAGCCUACAAGGAGGUGAGCUGCCUAAUCCCAAGAGUCUCCUUGCAGCAGCCAGUCGGCCUUCCAAACUGGCACUAAGCAGGCUGGGCAUUUUCUCUGUCUCUUCAUUCCAUGCUCUGAAUUGUUCCAGAGAUGAAGCAACACUCAGAAAAAGAACCCUGUCCCUGUCUCAGCGAAUAAGAAGUAAAAAGGGUAUAUUUUCUUCAUUGAAAGGAUUGGACGAUCUGGGAAGAAAAGGGAAGGAAAAGGGACCACCAAUUAUGCAGAUUUUCAAGUGCAACAGUGGGCCAGACCGUACAUUCUCACAAUUACCACUGAACCACAGAACUUUUGAUGAGCAUGAGUUUGAUGGAUCUUUGAAUGUCCACUUUCCAGCGUCAGUCUGGGACUGUUCUUCAGAGAGUACUGCUCGGGUCUGCUUCCCUGACAACCAAGCAGCGAUCAUAGCCAUUAAAGCAGAUCAGACAGUGGAAGAUGUACUGAUUAUGGCUUGCAAGAUGAAGCAAUUGAAUCCAGUUCAUUACAGUAUUCGCCUCAGAAGAAUGGUACACAAAAAUAUGGAAUAUUACAUUCCUAACCGAUUGGACUACAUACAGGAGCAGUUAUUUGAUGAAAUAGAAAUUAUCACCAUGAAUAUUUACCACAUGCACCUUGAAAGGCAAGGAUCUGAAACUGCUUUUGGUUUUGCUGUGGCUGGACAGGUUGAUGGAAAGCAGCAGCACAAUUCUCUGUUUGUGAGUGACGUGCUUCCUGGUGGACUGGCUGAUAAACAAGGUGCGAGAGUUGGUGAUGAAAUUUUAAUAAUAAAUGGAGAAGUGGUUGCUAAUCUACACCAUAGAUGUAUUGAAUCCCUGUUUGCAGAAAAUCACCUAAUACUUACUGUCAGGAGGUUUUCUUCAGACUGGAACCAAACAGCAACAGAAUGCAAUGACUCAUUGAACCAGAUAACAGCUCCACCUCCUCCUGACCAAUCAAAACUGCUGGAGGAGUUUGUUGACAACCAUCUUCUUCCUGUCCCUUCUGAUUUCACUAGUGUACCAGAGGUACCAGCUAUUACAAGAAGUGUCAUGACAGACUGUAUGGAGUCACAGUAUCAGGCUGAAAAUACAGAAGCACUUUUAAAGAGUGCAGAGCAGGUUAGCACAUUCUGUCGAAGUUUACAUGAACUGCAUCCUUCUGAUAUGGCUGGGCAGAAGGAAAGCCUUGAUCAGCCUCUAAGGCCACUGGCACGGCAUCUGUCUGAUGCAGAGAGACUUCGGAAAGUGAUCCAUGAACUGAUAGACACAGAGAAGUCCUAUGUAAAGGAUCUGAGCCGUCUGUUUGAAGUCUACCUGGAUCCCUUACAAAAUGAGACCUUCCUUACACAAGAUGAGAUGGAGUCACUCUUUGGGAGCCUGCCAGAAAUGCUCCAGUUUCAGAAGAUGUUUCUGCAGACACUCGAGGAUGGUAUUGCUUUAUCACCUGAUUUCAACAAGCUGGAAACUCCAUCCCAAUUUAAAAAACUCUUGUUUUCCCUGGGUGGUUCAUUCCUGUAUUAUGCUGAUCACUUCAAACUCUACAGUGGUUUUUGUGCAAACCACAGAAAGGCCCAGAAAGUUUUGGAAAGAGCUAAAACUGACAAAGCCUUUAAAGAAUUUUUGGAUGCACGAAAUCCAACAAAGCAACAUUCUUUUACCUUGGAAUCGUAUUUAAUCAAGCCUGUGCAGAGAGUUUUGAAAUAUCCAUUAUUGUUGAAAGAGCUAGUAUCUCUAACUGAUGCAGAGAGUGAAGAGCAUUAUCAUCUAACAGAAACAUUAAAGGCAAUGGAGAAAGUGGCUAGUCACAUCAAUGAAAUGCAGAAAAUCUAUGAGGAUUAUGGAACAGUCUUCGAUCAGCUGAUUGCAGAACAACCUGGAACUAGGAAAGAGGUCACAGAACUUUCAAUGGGAGAGCUUUUGUUGUACUCUACCGUAACUUGGUUAAACCCUUUCCCAUCUCUCAGUCGAAUGAGAAAAGAUCCUGAACUAACUGUAUUUGUUUUUAGGCGAGCCAUCAUAUUGGUCUACAAGGAAAUUUACAAGCUUAAGAAAAAAACUGGAACAGUUCCACGUUCAACUUGCAUCUAUGGUGAUAUUGAUCAGUUUAAGUUCAAGUGGCUGAUUCCACUAUCAGCUCUUCAAGUCCGGCUGGGAAAUGCUGCAGGGACAGAUACUAACUGCAUCUGGGAAUUAAUCCACACCAAAUCUGAACUGGAAGGACGACCUGAAACAGUAUUCCAACUAUGUAGCAGUGAUCCUGAGAGUAAAACAAAUAUCAUUAAAGUGAUACGUUCAAUUCUGAGGGAGAAUGUUCGUCGCCAUAUGACCAAGUCAGAAGGACCACUUGAGAAACUAAAUAGAGAACAUUUGAUUCCUCUGAGAAACCGAGUGCCAUCCUCUGCCAGAAUUGCAUCAACUCGAGCAUUAAAGUUGCCUAAACAUACUCCAUCUCACUGGUGUCAGGAUUCUGAGAGACGCAAUGCUGUUGAUUCUGAUGAAUGUAGCCUGAGCAGUGGAACUUUAAGUAGUGGCUGCCAUACCUCAGAGAGUGGCCUGGAACAUAGUAGUCUAUCAUAUACAAAGCAGGAACACAGUGCCCAGGAAGAACAUCAGGAAGAUGAAGUAAAGGAAUCGGACAUUUUAAGUGAUGAAGAUGAUUUCUGUGAAUCCAAGAAUGAGACUUCAACAAAUGAAAUUGAAGUACAAUUUGAAAAAAUGCAGAUUGAUACCAAAGCUGCCAUGGAGCAGAUAUCAAGUCAUCAAACACAUUCAGAAGAGGUAGAACAAACAGAUCAUCCUAGGCUAAUGCGAGGUCACUUCUGUCCAAUCAAAAGAAAAAGUGCAAGUACAAAGAAGAACAAAGGGAAUCUGUUAGCGAUGCAUAAGCAUAACCGAUCUCUGGAUAGUCAAUGUGAUGGGCCAAAUAUUGAUUUGAAUUCUGUACUGGAGAGGGAAUUUAGCAUCCAGAGCCUGACUUCUGUAGUUAAUGAAGAUUGCUUUUAUGAAAACAUUGAAAGUAAUGGGGAGCCUUAGUUUGUCAAGAGCAGUGCCCAAUUCACGCUUUGGAGUUUACCAGAAAUUGAAGUUAGUUUAUUACUGUAUCUGUCUUCUCUUCAGACUUAAGUUGUACUGUUGUUUUGUCCAGUUGAUUUGAUGUUUCUGCAGUCUUUAAUUUUAAAGGAAAGCAAUGUUCAUUUUGUCUUACUGCUAUCUGCACUAAGACCACAGUUAGCCUCAAAAAUGGAGAUGUUUAAAACAUUUUCGUUCAAGAAAAUAUUAAGUACAGAAGUCUAUUAUCCACUGUGGAUAAUAAAGUUGUUUGGUUUCUGUAAGACACUAGUUUUAUAUUAGAUUUGCAAAUAAGGCAGGUAUUGAACACCAAAAGUAAUAUUUUCAAUAAAAGUAAAAUUGCUUAUUUUAAUAAUAGGCUGUAAAUCUUAAUUUUAUUUAUAGUUGGAAAAUAAUGGUUUACAUUAGCACCAGAAUAAUUAUCAGUGGAAUUUGUUACAUUGUGUCCAGUUUUAAGUUUCUAUAUAUGGUGUGUGUUUUUGUUUAAUCUAUUUUUGCCAAGGUUAACCUUUGAUGGCCUGACACAGGGCUCCACUUAUUUAACAUUCUCUUCAGCACUCCAGGCUUUGGUAAAGUAUAUGCCUCAUAAUGUUAGCAUACUCUUAUUUAGGCAUCUUAAUUUCUUUUGUCUAUAAAUAUUGGAGGUUGUGUAUAUUGUAAUUUUACAAACUGCAUUGUAAUAUUGGUUUUAAUGGGUUAUAUUUUAUAUUCUGGUGAAUGACUACUUGACAUUAAACAUGCAGAAAUUACUUCAAUGUUAAAUAAAUAUGCAUAGUGAAUUCAAGAAGCUCUGUGUAAUUCAUUUCUUUUUGAUGUCAUUAAAACAAAGUUCUGGUGAAAGCACAUUGUACCACAUGUUUAGAUUCAAUUAAACAGUUAUGAAAAUGCUAAUUUGAUUAUUUGCUAAGCUCACUCAUUUGGAUCAAGGAUCUUUUUUUAAAACCUCAGCUUCUAUACUGGUUUAUCAUUUCAGAGCUUUAACAUGAGAAGAAAAAUUCAAGGAAUUGCACAACAGUCUAAAAAGGGAGCACAUAAUUUAAAUAAAAACAUCAAAAAAUGCAAUAGCUGCCAGUCAUUUUACAACAUUCUUUCCAAUUUGAUUAGUAUGUCACCAAAGAAUCAGGGACUGAAACAAUUGUUUUAAAUUUUCAGUACCUUCACU